AUGGCCAAUUAUGUUGGCACCAAUGCACCAAAGACCCCUCUCCGUAACUCUGCAUUCUCUGCCGAGCUCAUUGACAAGUCCGCCCCGCACAGCAAAUGUAUCAACACUCUGCCCAAGUGCCUUCCCAACAAGGGCACAGAAGUGGAGGGCCACUGUAGAAAUAUUUUCUGGAUCCACGAGUUCAAAGGCACAUCUACGACGGAAAUUAGAAGAGCAGUAGGACUUACAGAAGCUGAACGGCGUAGAUGUGUCUUGAUCAUCACAUCUAGCAAGUUUCUCCCAAUCACGACGCUGACCGGGAACGAGUUCCUUGUUGCGUGGUGGAAAGCUGUGGGCAUACGUCACGGCGACAUCAACCCCAGCAAUCUCAUGGGAUACCGCUUACAUGGUCAGUUUUUGAGCGUUAUCAACGAUUUCGACUUGUCGUCGAUCAAACAAUUUUUGCCUCCGAUUAAAGAAGCUCCCAGAGGCUUCGAGCGCACAGGGACGGUACCCUUCAUGUCGCUCAAACUUUUCACGCAUAACGCCAUCACAGGUCAAGUCGAGCACCUGUACUAUCAUGACGCUGAAUCGUUCAUCUGUGUCCUCACUUGGAUCUGUCUUCGAUAUGAAAAUGGCAAGCUCCUGAGGUGGGGCAGACCGCUCGAUGGAUGGCUCAUAGAGGAUGCCUUGGCAUGCUACAAGAAAAAAACUAGCUAUCUGGCAAGGGCAGACGAGAUAUGUCCAACGCAAUCACAUGAACGGAACUUCAAAGUUGUCAUGCGUCGCUUAAAAGUGAUUCACGAACAACAUGAGACACCGUACAGGUCCAAUGAUUCCAAAGAACAACGAAGCAGUAUUCAACAAGUUUCUCCGAAACCAUAUUUUCCAGCAUUUAGUUGAAUUCAUGAUUUCUCGUGCAGAGUAGGUAUGUUUGUAGUUGAAUCAACUCGCACUGGCGACCGGCGCUCGUAUAGAUGGAGUUUAGGGCAAGCCGGAACCUCCAGCUCAAUGCUCGGAGGCCCCAAAUACAUUUUGACAGCACGUCACUGACAGCUCGUACUACAUGCAAAGAAACCUCGCUGACUAUAUCAUACACUACCAGCCGCCGAGAUUGAAAUACUCAUGAUCCUCGAUUCCUC